ACGGAAGGUGAGAGCUGAAUGAAGUUUUCUGGGUAAUGGCUCGAAAUGUUUUCCUUAUGAGAAGUGGUGUUGAGUUACAGCGUGCAGACUGAGAACUGGGAGGAGAGAAGAAGCAGCCCCAGCCCGGCCCCCACCUUUUCUUGGGCUUGUAGGAAGGUGGACAUGGGCUCACGGAGACAAGACGAGUGACAUGUUGAACUGUCUGGUGGCUGCAAUCGACUGCUCCCAGAGUGACCUAAGGGCAGUGUUUAGCAGGGUUUAGCCAGGGGCCAGCUGAGCAGGCACAGAUGCUGUGCUAUGAAAUGCCACGCAGGCAGAGACUGACAAGCGGUAGGAGCUGAGCUUUCCCCUUGGACUGCUGUUUCCUGCUGUGUUCAGGGGGGGGGGGGGCGCUUUCUGGCAACUCUGCUGCUGCUGCUGCUGCUGCUGCUACUACUUCAGCUCCCUCUCCACUCAAGGUAAGCAGGCUCAAAGGGAGGGCAGGCUGCAAGGAAGCCUUUGUACCAUGAACAAGAUCCGAAAGUUUUUCCGAGGAAGUGGGCGAGUCCUGGCAUUUAUAUUUGUAGCUUCUGUCAUCUGGCUGCUCUUUGACAUGGCAGCUCUCCGCCUCUCAUUCAGUGAGAUCAACACUCGGGUCCUGAAGGAAGACAUCGUCAGGAGGGAGCGGGUAGGAUUCAGAGUUAAGCCAGACCAAAUGAAGAUCAUUUACAGCAGCAUAAAAGAGAUGAAGCCCUCACUGAGGGGACACGGGAAGGGUGUAUGGGGCAAAGAGAACUUUAGAAAGACUGAGGAGAGUAUGCUCAAGGUUAAGGAUAAUUUGGACCAAGCUGAGAGGGAAAGAAAAAUGCAGAACACCCCAGGGAGGGGCAAAGUUGUGCCUUUGUGGCAUCCUGCACGUCUGCAGAGCUUCCCAGUGACUUCUAGCAAGCAGAAGACAGAGGGACGAGACAUCAAACCUGAAGCUUCCUCUCACCACAUGAUGCCAAAGCAAACAACAGCUCAGGAGGCUCAGAAAACCCCAUUCAUAGCACCAAGAGGAACUCCAUUGGCCCAAAUAUCUGUACACACAGGACCUGUGGGUAUACACCAGGAAGCCCUGAAGAGUCAUAGUCUCAGCAGUGACACAUCAAAACAAGUAGCUGAAAGGAACCUGAAGGUGACCAUUAGUCUUAAUACUGACAGUUCAAAGCAGCAAUCACAGGCAGUAGCAAAGGAGAGGACACACCCUGCCAGCCCACCAGUGCCAAAAUCUGGGGAAGCCAUAGCCUUAAAUAAAACUGAGACUCAGAGUAAAGAACUAAAUGCUAAUAAACAGAAAGCCAGUAAGGCCCCUUCCUUUUCCAAGCUCAAUGCCAAUUCAAAUCACUUAAAGAAGCAAUCUAUUAAUGAGACACAGUUGGGAGGCUUGCCAAAGGCUGAUGGAGCCCAAGUGGCUGGUGGGAAGAAAUUCAAUUUCUCUGAAAGCCAUGUUGUGAUUGUAACCAAGGAGGAGGAGCUAAAGACAGACACCAAAGAGAUCCCCAAUCCUAAAGACAAAACUAUAUUUUCUCGAGUAUUGGGUGAGAGCCAAGGAAAAUAUAUCUCCAGGAAUAGAAGGGAGACGUCUUUUUCUUCACUUGCUCUACAGAGAGCAACAGUGUCUCAAACCAAUCAAGCCUUAGCUGGGGGGCUAGAUCUGGCAAGAACCAACUUAACUGCCAAGGUCCAGCCUGCAGAACUCAACCAAAGUCAUAUAAAAGUCUUUUUACCUGAAGACAGUGGAAUGCACCAUGUGUUAAAAAUUGAUGUGACACUUUCCCCAAGGGACCCCAAAGCUCCAGGUCAGUUUGGACGUCCUGUGGUUGUUCCCCAUGGAAAAGAAAAGGAGGCAGAAAGAAGAUGGAAAGAAGGAAAUUUCAAUGUCUACCUCAGUGAUUUGAUUCCAGUGGACAGAGCCAUUGAAGACACAAGACCUGCCGGGUGUGCAGAACAGCUAGUUCACAAUAACCUCCCAACCACCAGUGUCAUCAUGUGCUUUGUGGACGAAGUGUGGUCCACUCUCCUGAGGUCUGUUCAUAGCGUCCUCAAUCGCUCUCCUCCACACCUCAUCAAGGAGAUUCUGUUGGUGGAUGACUUCAGCACCAAAGACUACCUGAAAGAUAAUUUGGAUAAAUACAUGUCUCAGUUUCCAAAAGUUCGGAUUCUUCGCCUCAAAGAGAGACACGGCUUAAUAAGAGCCAGGCUGGCGGGAGCGCAGAAUGCAACAGGUGAUGUGUUGACAUUCUUAGAUUCUCACGUGGAAUGUAACGUUGGUUGGUUGGAACCUCUUCUGGAGAGAGUUUAUUUAAGUAGAAAGAAAGUAGCCUGUCCAGUAAUCGAAGUCAUCAAUGAUAAGGAUAUGAGUUACAUGACAGUGGACAACUUUCAAAGAGGCGUCUUUGUGUGGCCCAUGAACUUUGGUUGGAGAACAAUUCCUCCAGACAUUGUUGCAAAAAACAGAAUUAAAGACACUGACAUAAUAAGGUGCCCUGUCAUGGCAGGUGGAUUAUUUUCUAUCGAUAAAAACUACUUUUUUGAACUUGGAACUUAUGACCCUGGGCUUGAUGUUUGGGGUGGAGAAAAUAUGGAGCUCUCAUUCAAGGUGUGGAUGUGUGGUGGUGAAAUUGAAAUCAUUCCCUGUUCCCGAGUGGGUCACAUAUUCAGAAAUGACAAUCCGUAUUCCUUCCCCAAAGACCGGAUGAAGACAGUGGAGCGGAACUUGGUGCGGGUUGCUGAGGUCUGGCUUGACGAGUACAAGGAGCUGUUCUAUGGCCAUGGGGAUCACCUCAUAGACCAAGGGUUAGAUGUCGGAAACCUCACCCAACAACGGGAGCUUCGAAAGAAGCUAAAAUGCAAAAGUUUCAAGUGGUACUUGGACAAUGUUUUUCCAGACUUGAAGGCUCCCAUUGUGAGGGCUAGUGGUGUGCUUAUUAAUGUGGCCUUGGGUAAAUGCAUUUCCAUUGAAAACACUACCAUCAUUCUGGAAGACUGUGACGGGAGCAGCAAGCUUCAACAAUUUAAUUACACCUGGUUAAGACUUAUUAAACAUGGGGAAUGGUGCUUAGCUCCCAUCCCUGAUAACAGAGCCCUGAGGCUGCACCUCUGUGAUAACAGAAACAAAGGGCUAAAAUGGCUACAUAAAUCAACAUCAGUCUUUCACCCAGAACUGGUGAACCACAUUGUUUUUGGAAACUAUCACCAGUUGUUAUGCUUGGAAGGAAAUCUUUCUCAGAAGACCCUGAAAGUUGCUGCUUGUGACCCAGUGAAGCCAAAUCAAAAGUGGAAAUUUGAAAAAUAUUAUGAAGACUGAAGAGCAACUGAUAUUUUUAUCUAAUAAACCCGUUAGACACUGUGAAAAUGACAGUGAACUUGGUGACUAUAUUUCUCCAGGGUUGUUUAAAAGUUUCAAAAUUAUUAACAUUUGAAUGGAAGAUUUUUUUUUUUAAAUCACAAUAUUUGAGACAGCAACAGUUAACUCAGGGAAACAGUCCAACAUUGGAUUGGAGUCCUUCUUCAGCACCUGGUGGCCUUUUAAAUUGCCUGCUUCUUCCCCUUAUGCUGGAAUUCAGCCUGCAAGUUUCCCCAUGCCAUCUAAAGGUAACCGGAAAUGAGUUCAGAAGUAUUUGGGGAAACACAUUGAUACUAAGGAUGACUGUUUUUGUUAAUAACUAACUCUUUCAGCCCACAAGUAGGUAAAAUCAAUGAGAACCUGGUCUUUUACUUGCUAUUUCUUCGUCCAAAAAAAAAAAAAAAAUUUACUUGAGUUGCUAUAGCUAGAAGACCUCAGAAACACAAAGUUAUCACCUUGGUGAAAUCCCGCUGGACCACAAGCGUGUUUACCCAACAGUGUGAAAUAGUGUUGAUGUAAUACUCCUUGAUGGCAGGAUUUUGAUCUCGACACCGCAUAAUGUUUUUUCCCAAUCUGACUCAGUGGAAAAAAUUUUAAGUGAGGAAGUCAAAUGCUUAUUCAAUUCUAGAUAUGGACAUUGUUUCGAUUCAUUUUCUGCUUUUAAAACUACACUUUUAAAAAAAGUCAUAUACUAGUAACUUUCUAGCUACUAGUUGUGUGGAUAUUUAAAGAGAAAGAAAAAAGGCAAAGAAGAAAAGGCCGGGUCUCAACACACUGUAGCAACCAAAAACACAUUUAAUUGUUGAGCACAUUCUAGUGGGGGGUCAAAUAAGAAGAGUUGAAACAAAUAAGGCAGAAAUAGAGCACUGGAAAAGUAUUCAGGUUCUUUUCUAUAAAAUACUACUUUAGAUUUAGCAGCAGUCACAGGGAUGAAGUGUGCUAAAAAUGGGCUCUAAAAGAUAUCAAAGUAGAAAUAAAGUGAAGGAAACCUAGUAAAAAGGGAAAAGAAUGAAGUAAACAACCAUCAGGAAGAGAGUUGAGAAAAAAUUGCCCUACUCUUGGCCAAAAAAGAAAGGGGAUCUGACACCUCUGUGGGGGAAAAAAUAAUAAAGCCCCAGAUGUGGGCCUAAUGAUAACAUUGAUAAAUUUGGGGGAAAGUUCAAUAAUUCUUUGAUCCAAGAAGAGCCCCUAUUCUUAGGUAUGGCAGUACUUGCACAUACCAGAAGAGAUCUUAGAAAUCCUGAUAUCCCUUUCAUUCAUUUUGGCAAAAAAGUUGAUGCCCAGAAGAUACAUUACCUGUCUAAAAAUCCCAGACCAGUUAGUGACAGAAUCAGAAUUAGAAUUUGCAUCUCCAGAGACAGGGCUCGUUCAAUUGCCCCAGGCCACCAGCCUAAACAAAUCUGUUCCGAAGCAUUCCUCUGAAA